AUGCGCACCACUUCCUCCUUGGCAUUGGCUUCGACUGCCAUGGUUGUUCGAGCGGCGAGUCUCAGCGACAUCUGCACGACGUCCUACGUAUCAGCAGCUCUGCCAGUUACCGGAUUUUAUACCGGAAUUACUAUCAACCCAGAUUCUCUUACAGUCAAUGCUGUCGCCAAUACCACUGUCACAGGUCAAGACUUCUUUCCGGAUGCCACCUUCGAUUACUGCAAUGUUACUUUUACCUACUCGCAUGAUGGUCUGAAUGACUCGGUCACCAACAACUUCUGGCUCCCAGCCCCUUCGAAGUUUCAGAAUCGCUAUCUCUCUACGGGCGGCGGUGGUCUCGCUAUAAACUCUGGAGAUAACUCACUGCCAGCAGGCAUCAUCUACGGUGCAGUGGCAGGCAAAACGGAUGGCGGGUUUGGUGGUUUCGGAAACAAUCUUGAUGCGGAAGGCGUUAUGAUAUUGGCCAAUGGAACACUUAACUGGCACGCAGUCAAGAUGUUUGGCUACCAAGCUCACAAGGAGAUGAGCGCAAUUGGCAAGCAGCUCGCAAAGAACGUCUUUAGCAUGAAUGGCACGAAGCUGUAUGCAUAUUAUCAGGCAUGCUCUGAAGGUGGACGAGAGGGUUGGUCUCAGGUCCAAAGAUUCGCUGAUGAAUGGGAUGGCGCUAUUACUGGCGCACCUGCCCUCCGAUUUGCUCAUCAACAAGUCCAACAUUUGUAUUCCGGUGUGGUCGAGAAAACAAUCGGAUAUUCUCCUCCUCCAUGUGAGUUGGAGAAGAUUGUUAAUGCGACCAUCGCUUUUUGUGAUCCUCUUGACGGGAAGACUGAUGGAGUUGUUGCACGCACUGACCUCUGCAAGUUGCAAUUCAACAUCAACAGCACCAUUGGUUUGCCAUACUAUUGUGCUGCAUCUUCUCCAUCGGGACCCUUUGGCAAACGACAAGUCGGGGCUGCUUCAACUCCAGCACAAAAUGGAAAUGUUACGGCUCAAGGAGUCGCCGUUGCCAGCAAGAUUAUCGAUGGACUCAAAGAUUCUACAGGAAAGCGUGCCUAUCUUUCCUACCAGCCGGCUGCAUCGUUCGAAGAUGCUACGACAAGCUACAAUUCUGCAACCGGCGAGUGGGAAGUGGCAGUCAGUGGUCUAGGGUCUGAGUUUCCUGUACGCUUUCUUGAAGAGCUUGAUGCGGAUAACUUCGAGGCGGGUCAAUUCGCGAACGUUACCUAUGACACCCUCAGAGACUGGAUGUUCUACGGAUGGCAGAAGUUUGAAGAAACAUUGCAGACUACUUGGCCUGACAUCACUCCCUUUCAACAAGCAGGUGGAAAGGUUCUUCACUUCCAUGGUGAAAGUGACAAUUCCAUUCCGACUGCUUCUUCAGUCCACUGGUACGAGUCCGUUCGCUCCAUCAUGUAUCCAGAUCUAUCAUUCAACGAGAGCACAACGGCGCUGAAUGACUGGUACCGACUCUUCCUCGUUCCUGGUGCCGCUCAUUGCCAACCAAACAGUCUACAACCAAAUGGACCCUGGCCACAAACCAGUCUUGCAGUCCUGAUUGACUGGGUUGAAAACGGAAACUCGCCAGAGACUUUGAACGCCACCGUUCUUCAGGGUGAUUUCAAGGGUCAGGAACAAGACAUUUGCAGUUGGCCCCUCAGACCGAUGUGGAGUGGGAAUGGAACAAGCAUGGCUUGUGAGUACGAUCAGGCCAGUAUUGAUACUUGGAUGUAUGACUUUGACGCUUUCAAACUGCCUGUCUACUAA